CCCCCUCCCCAUUUGUUGCCUGUACCUCCACCCCGCGCGUGGGGUCCCCAAGUGGGCAUGUCACCCCGCACGCCCUCCCUGCGUCGGUCGUUCCUUUCCAGAGCAGGCCGACUCACACCUGCUCACAGCUCUCGAAGUCCCAAAAGCUCCACAGCCUGUGACUCACUAGGAGGGAGGAGGAAACCGAGGCCCAGGAGAGGCGGUGAACCCACUCUCUGGGGACCCCGGAGCCCCGCCCCGCCCACAGUGGGUGGGGUCAGCACUGAAGGGGUUAAGGCCGCCGGGUAGUCCCUGGCUCAGGCCUAGGGGCGGAUCCUGGGGCUUCCUCCCUCCAGACCGAAGAGUGCGGCUGCUGCAGAGGUGGCUGAUGCAGGUUUCCAUCCUUGGGGCAUGACCACGCAACUAGGCCCAGCCCUGGUGCUGGGGGUGGCCCUGUGCCUGGGUUGUGGCCAGCCCCUGCCACACAUCCCUGAACACCCCUUCUCUGUGCUGUGGAAUGUACCCUCAGCACACUGUAAGGCCCGCUUUGGUGUGCACCUGCCACUCAAUACCCUGGGCAUCAUAGCCAACCAUGGCCAGCAUUUCCAUGGUCAGAACAUGACCAUUUUCUACAAGAACCAGCUGGGCCUCUAUCCCUACUUUGGGCCCAGGGGCACAGUUCACAAUGGGGGAAUCCCCCAGGCUUUGCCCCUUGACCGUCACCUGGCACUGGCUGCCUACCAGAUCCACCACAGCCUGAGAUCCAGCUUUGCUGGCCCAGCAGUGCUGGAUUGGGAGGAGUGGUGUCCACUCUGGGCUGGGAACUGGGGCCGCCGCCGGGCCUAUCAGGCAGCCUCUUGGGCUUGGGCACAGCAGGUAUUCCCUGACCUGGACCCUCAGGAGCAGCUGUACAAGGCCUAUACUGGCUUUGAGCAGGCGGCCCGUGCGCUGAUGGAGGAUACGCUGCGGCUCGGCCAGGCACUGCGGCCCCAUGGACUCUGGGGCUUCUAUCGCUACCCAAACUGCGGCAAUGGCUGGCAUAGUACAGCUUCCAACUAUACCGGCCGCUGCCGUGCAGCCACCCUUGCCCGAAACACACAACUGCAUUGGCUCUGGGCCGCCUCCAGUGCUCUCUUCCCCAGCAUCUACCUACCACCCAGGCUGCCAGCUGCCUACCACCAGGCCUUUGUCCGACAUCGCCUGGAGGAGGCCUUCCGUGUGGCCCUUGUUGGGCACCAACAUCCCCUGCCUGUCUUGGCCUAUGUCCGCCUUACACACCGGAGAUCUGGGAGGUUCCUGUCCCAGGAUGACCUUGUGCAGACCAUUGGUGUGAGUGCAGCACUAGGGGCAGCCGGCGUGGUGCUCUGGGGGGACCUGAGCCUCUCCAGCUCUGAGGAGGAGUGCUGGCAUCUCCAUGACUACCUGGUGGACACCUUGGGCCCCUAUGUGAUCAAUGUGACCAGGGCAGCAAUGGCCUGCAGUCACCAGCAGUGCCAUGGCCAUGGGCGCUGUGCCUGGCGAGAUCCAGGACAGAUGGAAGCCUUUCUACACCUGUGGCCAGACGGCAGCCUUGGAGGCUGGAAGUCCUUCAGCUGCCAAUGUUACUGGGGCUGGGCUGGCCCUACCUGCCAGGAGCCCAGGCCUGGGCCUAAAGAAGCAGUAUAAAGCCCGGGCCCCUGCUACUGCCUCUUCUUUUGCCUGCUGCCACUUUUCCAGUCCAGGAGCUACUCUGUCCCACUCUUGCUCUAUUCAGCUUACCAACCCUCCCAAAAGCACACACCCCACUUCCCUUGGAAUCCCUGAGGCAUGGAAGGGGCCAGAAAAAAGGCUUAUAAAACCAGAGGCCGUCUGAGAUCAUGUGACUCCUCCAUGGCAAGGAAGCAGUUCCAGGGAGAGUCACGUUCCAGCUAGUUAGGGGUGCCAGCCCAGGGCUUUGUACCUACACCUCACUAGGCCCAUGGAGAGGUCACAGGAGAUGGGCCAUGCGCGGGGAAAUCGGCCCCAAAAAAUCUUGGCUAGGGUCUGUAAAGUGCUAAGCUGUUGCCUGUACUCUUUCAUCAUAAAAUCACUUUUUCUUCCACUG